AUGGAAGAUUGUGUGGUCCUUGAAGGCCUGGGGAACUUGCCCUUGACACCAUAUCUUCGUGCGGAGUGUGGUGAGGUGAUUAAGGAGUUGGCCGCCGCGGUAUAUGUAAAGCUUAGCAAGGAUCAAGUCUGGUCCGAGUGCCUUCCCGGUGGAGAGAUGCUGCAUUGCCCUGACAAUUUCCUGAGGAACAGUCUGUGGCGACUUUGGUUUUGCAUUCAGAUGGAAAUAAACGCUGACCUCGACCUCCCACUCCCUCCUCGGGAAGCCAUCAGGGCCGUAGAGCAACUCUGGAGCGGGAAUCCACCCGGAUCAGACACAACCACUCCUAAGAUUUACAAAUACGCUGGCCACCAACUUAUGACCCACCUCAUCAUGCGCUUCCCAGAGAUCUGGCGCCCAGAAAGAGUCUCCAGGGCUUGA